AUGAGUGAACCAUUUGUACAUACCGGAUCUAGUGCAAAAACCAAAGUGAAGACACUUUCUCCAAAGUCGUUCAAUAAUAAUGAUCAAGAAUUUAAAACAUCUGACGACACAUCAGCAACCGGAGGAGCUCUUAUCAUCAACGACAAUGAAAAUGAGCAAAAUGACAAGGGAAGAUUUAGCAGGAGCUUUAAAAAUCUUGUUCUUUUGGCACGAAAACACCCUUCUAGUCCACCUCAUACCGCCUCGUCAGACAAGCAAGCUCAAGCCAUUAUUCAGAAUAGUGUUUUUCUUACUUGUCUUCCACAAGAAAUUAAGCACUACGUGUUUCAAUUUUUAGAAUUUAAAUUUAUACUUUCCUUACGAUUAGUUUGCAAGGAAUUCAAAGAUAUUGCCGACGAUAAUACUUUUUGGGAAACUCUUUGUACGGAACUAUCUCUGGAUUUCUCAAUGGUUUCUUAUAAGCAUUUGAAACAGCUCUAUAUUGAAAAUCAAGUUUUUGUAACUGUGGUUGGCACUGAGGAAGUUGGAAAGAGUUUAUUAAUCAAAAGAUGUAGUAAUAACCCUGCAUUGUUGUUGGAAAGUUUUGUUGUAGGACCAAGAAGGCUCUAUGACUCUUUCCACAUGCACGACGAGGAACCAUACUACAUUUAUUUCAGAGAAAUUAACAAGGAAAACAAAUCCUUGUUAAAGAGUCACUCUAUUAAGGAGGACAUGUUUUUUGUGUGUUUUUCAAUUUUCGACAAGAAAUCCUUCUGCAAAACUAAGAAGCUCAUUAGGGAAAUUCGAGCAAAAAGUAAAACAAAACCUAUCAUUCUUGUUGGAAUGAAAAUCGAUUUACGUGAUGAAGAGGGUUCCGAACAAGUCAAACUCAUCAAAACAGAACAAGGCGAAGAGUACAAGAAUCGUUUCAAGCUCUUCUCCUAUCGUGAAAUUAGUAACAAAACACGAGUGGGUAUUUCUGACCUAUUGGUUGAUGCCAUCAAUGCCAAACGAAUUCAAAUGGAAAAGUUCUACAAUUAUGAAAAGGCAUUAGGUACCGAGGCUGAACUCGAAGACAUUUCCGAAGACAUUUUCAAUGACAGUGAUGACGAUGAAGAUUAUGAAAUGAUUGUUGGAGAUCAUCAAGCUGUGCUGAUUGACAACACCAAUCAUUACCACGACGUUAUUUAUGAUGAAACGAAUACCAAUGAUGAUAAGGAAAACGAUUGCACCAACUUAAGCCCGAACAUCAGUUAA